AUGGCGGAGAUGGAGGCGGCCGCCGGCGCAAACCACGUGAACGGCUCCGCGGUCACAAAGUCCACAAACAACCCCUACGAAACAAACCCCGAUCACAUCUCUAGCGAUGACACGUUUCUUUCUCAGAGCGCGCAGUAUGGCCGCUACGCACCCCGCGCCGACGAUUUCACCCCUCGCUUCAUGAACUGGUAUCGGUCUGACCCGGCCGUGAACUCGUUCUGGGAGAAGGUCGCACAGCAAUAUUGUACUCCGGAACACUCACUCAAUACCUCAGGGCCGAGGGAAGCAUUUGCGGUUGGGAGUAUAAUUAUUUGGGUCGACCGCGAACCGGCCGAUGGAGCGGCGGCUGAGAGUUACUCGUCUGCGAAUGCGAAUGAACUGUCAGCCGCGCAGAAGGCAGAGGAGUCGCUCAGAGAUAUUGGAGUCGCAGUGCCCGUGUUAUAUUUUUGCGGGAUGAUUGAGGGGAGGAACGUGACAAUCGAGUCCCGCAUUGCGGGUGUCUCGCUGGAAGUUGCGUGGAGGUAUCUUGACGUUGAGCAGAUCGAUAUUUUCAAGAACCAGUGUCGCCAGAUCCUCCAACGACUCGGAACAAUCGAUUCCCCCCAAAACGAACCGUCCUACAUAUGCCGUGAACUCAAUUCCCAAAUCCCGCCCUCCGUCGACACCCGCGAACGAGAUAUCCUAUUCACAGAAAGAAGCAAGGAGGAGGAAUUAUCUUUAACACACAACAACUUCAUCCCGAGCAAUAUAAUUGUUCAGGAUAACCGGGUGGUGGGGAUUACUGGCUGGCGACAAUGCGGAUAUUUUGGCACCGUCAGAGCUAAGAAGGUCCACCGCCUCUCCAGGGAUCUUGAACCUGCGUCUCAAAAUGGCGUGGCCAGUUCCGAGAAGUGUGUAACGUGGACCGACCUCUACGAUGGUGCUUACGACCCUAGUAAGGGCAUUCCGCUGGUCGCAAACCAAGAUACACCCCUGCCGUCAGUCAAAACCGAACCCACAAGCUCUACUCCCGACAAAUUCCCAGCUAUCGAUGACUUGGACACAAGUUCACUAGGAAUUGAUGGCACGGUUGACUGCGCGACAUCCAAAACAGUGGCGAACCUGAAGCACGGGCUGACAUCAAGAGCGUCAUCGUCCGACCGGUCCUCCCCAGCCAAUUCCGUCAAACCAGCAAACAAAAAGUCCACAGCAAACACUAGCAAGAAGGGAACUGGAAAGAAACCUGCCGCUAAGAAGCAGAAGGUGAAUGACCCGGACGCAGACAGCAUUGAUGGGCGGCGUUCCAACACACCAGUUUCCCGCGCGAGCAAGACACCCGCCAGGAAGCAAAAUUCUGUCUCGAUAACAGGGUCACCGCCUCCCGAGCAGAAGAAAAAGCCACAGAAGAAAAAGAAGAAAGGGCCCAAACCAGCUGCUGCCCAGGAAAAUGACGACUCCGAUAGCUUUGAUGAAAACGCGAUCUUCUGUAUCUGCCGCCGACCUGAUAACCACACGUGGAUGAUCGGGUGUGAUGGCGACUGUGAUGACUGGUACCAUGGGAAAUGCGUCAAUAUCGACCCUCGAGAUGCGGAUUUGAUCGAGCGGUAUAUCUGUCCAAAAUGCGCAAGCGAAGGAAAAGGAUGCACAACAUGGAAACCGAUGUGCCGCCUAGUCGAGUGCCGGAAACCCGCGCGAGCGAAGACAAAGCCCCCCGAGCAAACUCAGAAGCUCAAGCAGCGUGCCGGUCAGGCGAACGGUCUUUUUGAAGACCUGGGUAGCAUGGGUGGCAUUCUUACAGCUGGAGACCUGAAAGCUGCCGUCAUGGGGGUAGCAUCUACGCAAGAAUUCCGAAAGCUCGGAGAUCGCAUCAUCUCCCCGCCACCACGGGUAGACCAGAAAGAAGCUGCUGUAGCUGGGAUUAAGACUGAAUCAAAGCCGCAGAGCGGCAGGUGGUUGGAAGUUGACGUCCACGAGAACGGCCUGGAAUACUCGCUCGAUGAGGUUGCGAAGAUCGAAAGGCUACGCGCGCGGCGCGAUGAGCUCCUCCAUCGCAAAGAGAUGCUUGCGGCACGCACGACGUUCGUCUCGCUUCUCAAGCCACGCGCCAAGGGCAUAGUCGAGAAACUGAAGCAGCACGAGCCGAAGGGCGGAUGGAAAGAUAUCUGUGGCUUUGACUCGCGGCUCUCGUGGUCCGACGAAGAAUUCGAUGAAUGGCGACUUUCCGACGCUGGAAAGAAAGCUCUCGCGGAGGGAACGGCUGAAGCUUUGGCUGUGAUCUCCUCGGCUGGUACCGAUGCAGACGGGGACACCGCGAUGAAUGGCGACGGCGAUGACGAUAUCACAUUCUGGACGCGUGGCGUUUGCACUAAGAAGCGGUGCGAAAGACAUAAGCAGUGGGUCAAAGUGCAGCAGCAGGAUAUUCUCUUCGAGGAGGAAACGGCAGAGCAGGACCUCGCCAAGUGUGAGGAUGAAGCUCGGUCUGUGGUGGAGCGGAGUGUGAUGAGACGAUGGGCCGAGAAGGAUAAUCAGGCUUGA